UAUGGAAAUGACCACAGACAAUAUUCAUAUUUCUGUUGCACGUACACAAAAGUUCAUUCAACAAAGCCAACGUUCGACUCAACUGUUGAGAAAUAUUGACGAGUUUAAAGACAACGUUGGAACAGCUGUCUGUCAAAAUAAUAAAAAUGGCAGAUUUUUUACCAAAAUAAAUAUUUUGAAAAUAUCUUUAAAAUGGACAAAAGCUAUGUUAAAUCGACCAUAGAAGGUCUAAAAUCAUCAUCCUCUUCAAAAGUGCAAGAAUCUCUACUGAAAAUUAGGAGCAAAAUCACUUCAAAUGACAAUGGAAUCAAACUUUUUCGUGACUGUGGAGGCUUGGACUAUUUAGUGCCUCAUCUUCGUAAACCAAACGAAAGGAUCCUUGAUAUCACGCUAAGCAUACUUGGCAAUUGCUGCUUGGAAGAGGAAAGCAGUAUCGCUGUUGGAAAACUUAAUGCUUUUGGUCCACUUGUAAAUAUUCUGAAGACAGUUUGCCGUGACAGCAUAGUAGGAAGAGCAUGCCGCCUACUUGGGAACUUGGCACAAAGAAACUCAAAUGCUGAAGCUCUUCACAACCAUGGGGCAGUCACAGCGCUCAUUACUCUCAUUGAGAAAAGAGAUAGAAACACAUCAUAUCCUACACUUACUAUGGCAGUUAGAGCUGUGAGGCAACUAUGGAUGGUGACUGAAAAGAGGGAAGAGAUGCUAGGUCUUAAUGCAGUUCGCUGUAUAGCCAUUUUACUAACAACAGAGUGUGGGUCAGCUGGUAUAAUCAAAUCCUCAAACACUAAGGAAAGUGAUGGAUUGAGAAAAAGCCAGGAAGAACUUAUUACUGGAAUACUGAAGUGUUUGGGAUACUUCACUACUCAUUGUACUUCACAGUGUGCUGAACAGCUUCAAGGGGAUGGAAGAGGAUAUCAAUGCCUGGUGGCAUUGACCAAGUCAUUUGAAUCACUUGCAUUGAAGUGUCUCAUGAACCUCUGCUACCUGUCUUCAUGCCGGCCUCUGCUCGGCACUGCUGGGCUUGUGGAGUGCAUUGUUGGGAUACUGAAGAAAAUCUCUGAAGUAUCCUGGUGGCCGGAGGGUGCGGCGCGCGCUCUAGCGGCCCUCAGUGGUGAAGCUGUGAACCGCUCGCGGCUGCGGCACGCGCGGGGCCUGCCUCUUCUACUGGCGGCCGCGAGGCGCAGCCCGCACGCCAUGCACGCUCUACUGCAGUAUGUGUUCGACGAUACUUCAUUCCAAAUACUAGUAAAUGAGGGUCUUAUAAACCUGCUGACAGACGAACUCACAGAGUACCUCAAAACAAUGGAAUUCGAACAUAACAACUUAGAAAACAACGACAUGCAGAGUGACGUCAUCGAGCCGCCACCAAACACAGAGACUACACAGGCAGUUAAAACGGCAUCUUGCCCAUUCUCUGCUACCACAGCUGAAAUACAUGCACCACCUAAUCUAGAAGACCCCGGGAUGAGCAAAACUAAUCUGUUCACUAGAAGGAGACAGAGCAUGAUGGACGCUAAGAAUGAGGAUGAGUUGAGGGUGGUGAUAGAGAGAGACAACAUGAUAGUGGGGUUUGUGGACGCGGUGGAUAGCGACGCGUCUGAUGACAGCCAGAGCGACGAUGAGAACCCGACGCAGCGAAGAAAAUGCUACAAGAGGCCGCGCUCUAGAAGUCCUAAGAUGUUGAAGAAGAAAUCGCAGCUAAUCAAAAUGGCGAGCAAGGACUGGUCAGCAGGAGUGUACUGGGAGCCUAAGAGCCCGGAAUGGCCGCCGCAGCCGCAGCAGUCGUCCCGCAGCGCCAUGAGUCCCGACCGCUCCGACCACAGCCCGCUGUCGCCUUACUCUGAUGGGAACCAGUCGGGGUUCAGCCCCGAGUAUAGAGGAAUGGGGUCUAAUAAGCGGCCGAGAUUGGAGUGGAGCCCCGAGUCUGGCGUUAGUACGGGGGAGGGAAGCUCCGCCUCUCCUUACUGGACGGAGUAUCAGUGGAGUCCGAGCAGCUCGGGCAGUCCACAUUCGCCGCUCAGUGCUAAUGAUGAAAGUUCCGACUCGGAGAUGUCGGGCCGCUACUCGCCGGUGUGCAGCGAGGCGGAGUGGGAGGAGGGCGGCGCGUGCAGCCAGGCCGCCGAGUUGGGCGCCGCGCAGGUCGCCAUCCACCUCGACGACCUCAUCAUGGAUGACGAUGAGAGUCAUGAUGAGGACACGCCAGUUGAAGACGUGAACAAGCUAGAAACAAGUUCGAAAACCUCCCGCAUAGCGUGCGUAUUGGUACUCCUAUUCCGAGUAUCGCACGGCGCGUGUCACUCUUACGGAGCGAUCAUAGAGGAUCCCGUACCCAACCACACGCUGGAACUGUUGACGGGACGCGAGUGUUUGAACGCACUGCUGGACUAUGUGGAGAGGUGUAAGAGGCCGCUGGGUCGGGCCGCCAGAAUUCUUGCCAGGGUUUUAAGCAAUGCUCUCUGUUUAAUGAGUAUACUGAAACAUAGAUUAGCUCUAAGGUUACACAACAUGUCAGUGAGCUCGAAGCACCCGCCUGCUAAAUGCCAACAGUGCAAACAAAUUGUAAGACUGAGUGGGAAGUUACUGGCUCAGUUGACUAUACUAGCCGAGUCAAGUUAUGGAAUUGGGGAAAUCAGUUACCAGUUGCUAAAAGGAACCUCUUGCAUCAAGCAAACUUUAUGUUUAACACUGCCAUAUAUCGUAAGAACUGAAAAACCGUUGAAGAAAUACUUUAUAGACUGCAAUGCACUUAAUCUACUCUUCGAAUUAAUAUCAGAAUCUCAAGAAGAGCUUCAGGACUGCGUCGUGGCUUUAUCGAAGCUCGCCACCAACGUACACAUCAAGGACCCCAAGUCCCUAGAACACAGAUUCAAAGACCACAUCUCCGUGUCCUACGAUCCAAUUCUGGAUAAUCUAUCGGCGGAAGAAAUCGUUACUUUCGAGUUGGACGAUUCGUCCACCGUCCGAGCGAACAAAGUGUUCCUCUGUCAGAACUCGGAGGUAUUCAGUGCCAUGCUGAUGGGGUGCUUCAAGGAGUCGGUAGAGAGCUGCGUGCGAAUAAGGAACAUCACCAAACCAGCCUUAGAAUACUUACUCACUUUACUGCAUUUAGGUUUGAAUAACGCAAAGAACGACGUGCUCAUCUUCCCGCUAGCCGACAAGCUGGAGACAAACUUGGAAGUGCUGCUUCUGUCCGAUAGAUACCUCUUCGACAAGCUCAAAGAGCUGUUAAGCAGCGCCAUUCUACAGUUCCUAUUGACACCGGACUCUGCAGAUAAGAUUUACAUCUGGUCGCUCAGUGAGGGUAUGGGCUUCCUGUGCGUAGAGUCUGUCGCCUACAUAAUUACAGGGAAAAUGUGUGAUGCCGAACGAACGAGAUCGUUCACGUCUAUUUUAAAUAUGGAAUAUAAGGAGCAAUGGUUAGAUGAUAUAAAAAGCAUGAUUUUACGUCAGUUGGUUAAAUGAAAUGAAUUUAUGUUAUAUACUCGUAAGUUUACCAUGAUUAAUUUAGGUUUGUUUCGUUUCAAUGUGUUCAAUAUGGUUUUGUAAAGUGUGUAAUUUAUAUUUUCUUCGCAUUUAUUUUAUUAUUCCACAGAGUAUGAAUUACCUGUAAGUACCUAUUGGUUAAUUUAAUUGUAAUUUUAUAUAUUUUGCUCGCCAAUAAAAAUUAAAACAAAUCU